AUGUGCUAUGGACCUCGUUGGCGUUGGGCCAAUGGCAUUGCAGUUCGUGGCCAUCUCAAAGGACGGACAGCACCAGAUAUCCCAAAGCCAACCAGACCUAGCACUCUCAAAACUUCAGUUUCACCAGUCUCCACGAAAUCUCCUGUAGGAGAUGGCAUUGCUCAAGGCAUGUCGGUAAUAGAUCCGCUGGAGAAGCUAUUUCCAGAUUUCCCUGACCCUGCUACGAGGGCCCGACUUCUUCAGCACUAUGACAAGAACAUUGCAGGGUUGAUGGUGUGGAUAGACUCCGAGCGAAACGAAUAUCGAAGGCUGGUUCUCCCUUUGGCCAACCGCCAACCGGUUCUCCUCUUAGCCAUCCUCGCCAUUUCAGCACAGCAUCUUGCCGUCACCACUAACAUGGAAUCUAGCUUCUCAACCAGAGCACGAGACGCGGCCGUCUCAAUGAUCUCCACCCAAAUUCGCCAGGUCACCAGCCGUUUAGCUGCUGGGUUUGACUUGGACAGCGAGAUCGAUGUGGACACCGCGGUGUGGAUGCUCGCGUCCAUGCUCACACUAGCAUCCUACGAAAUGGCCGAGUCUGAGACUGGUGCCACUGCUGCCGACUCACACAGACAAGCGGCUCGGACUUUGGUGAACGCGCUCGCGACCACAAAUCGUGAGAGCAACGAUCUGUUCAAUUUUCUCCGCAACCAGCUUUCCAUUUACGACAUCCUUGCUUGCACUACCUCUUUCAUGAGUACACGCGAGGUGAUAUUGCCUGCACCUAGCGACGCGAACCUCAUCUUCUCCGAGUAUCUUGGCCUUUUGCACCAGGUGACGGUGAUCUCCCGCCAGAUGGUUGACUCAGGAGCUCCGGGAAUACCGAACUUGAUCGAGCCUCCCAUCACGCCAGUCGAGGCUCGUGCAAAGUUCGAGUUAGCUCGAGGUUCAACGCUAAUGGCCGCAGGACUUCUCGAAUUGGCAUGGGACGAACGGAGGCACGACUUUAUCCGCAUCGUGGACGUAUAUCAUCAUGCCGCCCUGCUUUACACUUACAGAAGCAUUUUCGGAGGGAGAGUCGAUGCUGCAGAUAUCUCUACUUCCACCAAUAUGUUAUUCGAGCGAUUGCAUCAGUUAGAGAAUCGCCAUUCGUGCAUGCAAAAUUUGCCCUGGCCGGUGCUAAUUGCUGGCACAGAGUGCUGUGGCAAUCGAGAGAGAGAAAGUUUUAUAGCAACCCUGUACGAAGACAUUGCUCGGGACAUGGGCUUCAAGCACUACCUGGAAGUGCUUCACUUCUUGAAAGACUUCUGGUCGACCGCACGUGGUGAUUGGCUCCAGCUGGCACGCCAAUAUAGUGCUAACGGGAAGCAAAUUGUGGCCGUGUGA